AUGCAACGGCAUAAGGACAAAUUUGUGAUUCUGUUGGCAGUGAUCAGUGUGCAUAUUGCCGCUGGGAGAUGGGUGAGCUCGUACGAUGAGAAGUAUCAUCGUCCAACCUAUUACAAUCGGGCGCACAAGAGCUCUCAGCACGUUGACUAUAAUGCAACAGCAUUGUUUUUACGUGAUUUCCAUCCGAGCAUAAAAAAAACUUUGCCACUAUUUGAUCCCAGCAUUCACCUGAGCUACUACGUGAACGUUCUGUACAAAGGUUCGGUGAUUUGUGCCGGAGCUCUUAUCUCACGCCGUAUGAUCAUCACGUCCUCUCGUUGCUUUCUGGCCAACGAGCUGGAGCCAUCGCAUGAAUUCAAGGCUAGGGAUAUGAGUAUACAGCCUGGCAAUCACUUCGGACAAAGAGAGCGAGUUGUCUAUCCCGUGAAAGCAUUCUUUUUGCCCGCCGGAAGGUAUCAGCAUGAAGAUGUUCAUAGGAUAGCACUUCUGGCAUUGCACACGAAAUUAAAAAAGGGAACGUAUCGUUACAUUGAACUGUACCGAAAGGUGCCAAGGCCGAAUGCCCAUGUGCUGGUAUCCUAUGUAGAUUCCUACACACGCGAUAUAACCCUGCUGAAAACCAAGGUGGUCUCCCAAAAAAAAUGCAAGAAGGCCUUCCGCAAUAUUGGCAAAAGAAAAGUUCCCUUCGACGAUGAUUUGGUCUGCGUGAAGAGCAGUAAGCAAGGCUGCAGCACACGUCCCGGUGAUCCGAUGAUCAUUGACAAAAAGCUGGCUGGCAUCAACAUCUAUGGCGAGAACUGUGAAGAGUUGGAGGGAAAUCUGGUAGCCGAUGUUUACUAUACCAUGCAUUACACGGUGCCAUUCAUACAGCGCGCUACCGAUAUGCUUAGAGCCUUCACGGGCACGGGCGAAUACAGUAAAGGACGCACAACAAAAAGAUAUAAACUGUAUAUGGACACAACUUCAGACUCCAUUGGAAGAUUAGUUACUGCAUCAACAACAUUGCAGUCUGAAGUCGACAUCCUUGAUGACAGUGAAGAAACUACAACAAAUAUAGAAACGGAGCAAACUGAAGCAUGGACUGAAACUGAAUCAACGAAUGAAUCUACAACAGCAGCGCCAAGUGGACCAACACCGGAUUCUUCAACAGCAGCGCCAAGUGGACCAACACCGGAUUCUUCAACAGCAGCGCCAAGUGGACCAACACAGGAUUCUACAACAGCAGCGCCAAGUGGACCAACCCCGGAUUCUUCAACAGCAGCGCCAAGUGGACCAACACCGGAU